GGUAGAAAAAUUAUUUUCCACUCCAGAAAUUAAUGAUCAUGAGCUCGUAUUUGAUGGACUCUAACUACAUCGAUCCGAAAUUUCCUCCAUGCGAGGAAUAUUCGCAAAAUAGCUACAUCCCAGACCACAGCCCCGAAUAUUACAGCCGCACGAGGGAAACUGGCUACCAGCAUCAUCACCAGGAGUUGUAUCCUUCGCGGGCGACCUACCAGGAGCGCCAAUAUAGCUGUGCAAGCAUCCCUGAGCCCGAGACCCAGAGAGGGCACGGGCUAUCCCAUUCAGGACACCUGCUCCCUGGGAAAGCGCAAGCAGCUCCACGUGAGCCCCCACCGUUACCUACGUCCCCUUCAACCCCACCGGCUGUGCCUCCCGCCUGCAUCCAAGCCACCCCGGAGCAUCCUAACAGCACAGUCUCGUCCAAGCAGCCCGUAGUAUACCCAUGGAUGAGGAAAAUCCACGUCAGCACCGUGAACGCCAGUUACAAUGGAGCAGAGCCCAAGCGGUCCAGGACUGCUUACACUCGCCAGCAGGUCUUAGAAUUGGAGAAGGAAUUCCACUAUAACCGCUACCUAACACGGCGAAGACGCAUCGAGAUCGCUCACUCCUUGGUUCUCUCUGAAAGGCAAAUCAAAAUUUGGUUUCAGAACCGCAGGAUGAAGUGGAAAAAAGACCAUAGGCUACCCAACACCAAAGUCAGAUCCUCUGCUCCUACGGGCACAUCAUCUGCGUCCAGUACAACGUCGUCAGCUGGCACUGUCUCGGCUGUUGUGGCUUCUAACGCGGUGGCAGCUACCGAGGAACAUUUGCGGUUACCCGGAGCCGAACAAGAUGAGGAUAUAACAAGGUUAUGAGGCAGACAAUUAUUUCGCUGAGAAGGAGGAAGAAGACGACUGAUUAUUUAUGAAAUAUAAACACAAUCUAUCUCAUUCGCGCACAUACACACACACCUACACACACACACACACACACACACACAAACACACACACACACAUCUUUUAUAUGUAUUGGUUCUUCUUCGUUGUCUUGUGCGUAAGAAAAGGUUUUCCUUUCAGUCCACAGUUAUAUAAAAUGCAUGUUAUAUAGCAUGGAUUAUUGCGAAAAUACCUGCAGAUUGUUUACGCCACACAUCAGGGUUUAUUUAUUUAAAAUAGAAAUAUAGUGAUUUUUCAGAAGUUGUUUUGAAUGAAAGAGAGAUAAUGACAAUUUAGCAAAAGCUUGCAGGCAAAGUUAUGGCAGGAAAUGUGUCCUCUCAUUUGCGUCAAUACAUGCACAAUUGUUAUAUUUAUUUUAUAAACAAAACUGUCGAGAUAUUUGCAGUUAACUUACUAUGUGGGAAAGUAAUUGAGCUUAUUUGUUUUGAAAAAGCAAAGCGUGGAUUCAGUUUAAAUGCUGUGAGAUAUUUGGAGUAAUCUUAAAAAAUAAGAUUAGUCAUAAUACAAUUAGGAAGUAGUACUUUUUGUGGUGAUAACGUGUUUAGACUGAUUAAAACUGAACAUUGUGAAAUGCAAUAAAAUAAGUUUAGUGUAUUUGUGCUAAAUAGUGCUCAAUAAAACAGUGAGUGUCAAUUCGUUUCA